AUGUCUCCCUCCGCUGUUGAGAACGAGGCUCAGACUACCUCCAACAAGGCUCCUGAGCUUCCCAUCCCAGCUGACCCUCAACAAGAUGGCACCGACAACACCGUCGAGGUCCCAGCGACCCGAAGUGCCAUGGCCGACACCACUGGCUACAUGCACAACCUCUCCCUCUCGCCUUCCAUGAAGGAGAGGAGAGGAUCCCGCAACUCCUUCGGUACCUCACUGCCCAUCCCCCGUUCCAAGAGGCAGUCGAGGCUCUCGUCCGUUCACUACCCCGAUGGCCGUGGUGCCGCUGUCCGCCCUGGCAUGCCCCCGAUCCAGCCAUCUCGCGACAUCAUCGCUGCCCAGCUUCAAGAUCUCGCUGGCGAGAAGGUCCGCGCCGCCAAGGACAUGGCUUUCGUCUUCGACAUUGACGGUGUCCUCGUCCACGGUGACCGUCUGAUCCCCGAGGGACAGCGCGUCCUCGAGAUCCUGAACGGAGACAACGAGCUCGGCAUCAAGAUCCCCCACAUCUUCCUGACCAACGGUUCCGGUAAGCCCGAGCAGGCUCGUGUCGACCAGCUGUCCAAGAUCCUCCACAACCCCAUCUCGACCGAGCAGUUCAUCCAGUCGCACACUCCCAUGCGUGCUUUGGCCGAAUACUACAAGACCGUCCUCGUUGUCGGUGGUGAGGGCUACAAGUGCCGUGAGGUUGCCGAGCAAUACGGCUUCCAAGACAUUGUCGUCCCUAACGACAUCAUUGCCUGGGACCCCACCAUCGCCCCCUACCGUGUCUUCACCGACGAGGAGCGCAAGACUUCCCGUCCCCGCGACUUCAGCAAGGUCAACAUCGAGGCCAUCAUGGUCUUCUCCGACAGCCGUGACUACGCCACCGACAUCCAGAUCAUCAUGGAUCUCCUCCAGUCCGAGAACGGCAAGUUUGGAACUCGCGCCAAGGACCCCGUCUCCCAGCGCAUCCCCAUCUACUUCUCCCAGGGCGACAUGCUGUGCCCCACCGAGCACCCCUUCCCCCGCAUGUCCCAGGGUGCCUUCCGCAUUGGUCUCGAGGCCAUGUACAAGUCGCUCACCGGCGUCGAACUCGAGCGUGUCGUCUACGGCAAGCCCGAACUGGCUACCUACAAGUACGCCGACGAGGUCAUCGCCUCCUGGAUGGAGACCAUCCACAACGACGAGAAGCUGCCCGCCAACAUCUACAUGAUCGGUGACAACCCUGCUUCCGACAUCGUCGGUGGUAACAUGUACGGCUGGAACACUUGCCUUGUCCGCACCGGUGUCUUCCAGGGCGGCGACAACGACGAGCAGAACCCUGCUUCCUUCGGUGUCUUCAAGAACGUCUUCGAGGCUGUUACCACCGCUAUAAAGAAGGAGCUUGGCGAGGACUUCAAGUUCAAGUUUGACGACAAGAUGAACCCUGUCAACCUUGAGGGUGGCCAGUCUGCCAUUGCUUAA